CUCAACAAAUUAAAGUUGUUCAAGCAAUGCAACAAAAUACUGGAUCUUUCGGUCCACCAAAUAUUGCCUUAUUCGAAGCCAAUGAAAAUCCGGUUUCCAUGUUCCCUAGUCCGAUCACACCGGGUUUUCCUAUUAACUAA